AUGGUCAAGCUCACCUUGAAGACCGGCAAGGCGGCUUCACCUGAUGCCAGCGCGCAACCGGAUCCACCACCCUCUAUACCACCCACCCCCGCCAGCACGACCAGCAACACCGGCUUCAAGCUCAGUCUGAAGAACUCCGCUGCACCUACCCCCGCGACCGAGCAACCCCCUCCCAAGCCCAAAAAGCAGCCCUCCCAGCAGGCGAAGAAGAGCAAACCGCCCGCCAACGGCAGCAAGAAGCGCGCCGCCAACGAUGACACCAUCUCCCCCGCCGCGAAGCGCCUCGCCGCUCCGUCGCGCAAGAUCUCCCUCAACAUCGGCAAGGCAGCAGCGCAGCAGUUCGCGAAUGACGGGCCCAACUCGGCGGGCGGCUCCAACAAGAUCCUGUUGAAGCGGAAGCCGACGACCGGCCCAAAAAUUCGAGCUCUGACUGCGGCGAGGAAGCCUCCACCACGACUACCCGGGUUGGGAUACGACAGUGAAGACAGCGACGCAGAAGCAGACCCAACCAUCCAGCAGGCAUUCAUCCUUCGCAUGCAGCCGGGAGAGGAUUGUGACUAUCUACACGAUGCGAUUGCGAAUGGCAAGGUGGGGCUACCGAUCAGCGAAGGAGGAGCGGAGGUGAGCUUCAAGUUUCUCGAGACCAAUAUGCGCCGCGCCAUGGUUACAAUACGUGGGCGGAUGUACGCCGCUGUGCUGGUAGAUCUACCUUGCAUCGUGGAGACCAUGAAGAGCUGGGAUAAGAAGGGCUGGUGGAAAGUGGCCGACCUGUGUCAGAUUCUGCUCGUCUUGGGCCGGUGCCAUUCUGAAGAGGACGCGAAGACGUACGCUCUACCAAAAGAAGUGGACAAAGAAACCCACCAAUACGCCCACGGUCUCACACCACCGAUGCACUGGGUCCGCAAGCGCCGCUUCCGCAAACGCCUCUCCUACAAAGCCAUCGCCAACGUCGAUGAAGAAGUCGAGCGCCUUUUACGAGAAGACGAACAAGCCGAAGAAACCGGCGGCAGCGUCUCUACCAAAAUGAUCGACCCCAACCGGCCCGACCGCGGCGUCAACGAGUCCGAAGCAGACGACUACGAAAGCCAGGACGCGCUCGAAACAAUCGAAAACGGCCAGCAAGCAGGUGAAGAAGAGUACCUCGACGACGAAGCCUUCGACCUCGAAGGAGGUCUGCAAGCCGCGUUCGACGAGGAAGCCGAAGAGGCCUUCACCUCCGAACCCGUCGCUGCAGACAUCGUCUCCGCCUCUCCAGCGCCAAUCCAAGACCAAGCCCCCUCCUUCGCCGCCGCAACCACUGCCCUCGAGAGCGCCGCCCCCACCCCUGCCGCCGAAGGCGAAACCGACAUCGACGCCCCCGGUGACGCCGACUCCUCCUCCGAAGACGAAGACGAAGACGCUUCCGACGAGGAAGAAGACUCCCCCGACGUGCUGGACGAGGACGCAGCUGCUAGAGCUGCCGAAAGGAACCAGCAGUUGGAGGAAGUGGCGGAUUUGGAGCGGGAGAUCGCGAGUCAGAGGAGGAAAGUGGCGAGUAUGUCGAAUCAGCUGUUGAAGCAGCGAGCGGAGGCGCAGUUGAGGAAUUUGGAGGAGGAUUUGAGGGUGAAGAGGGGGGUUUUUGGGCUGGAGGAGGAGGAUGAGGAGGUUGGUGGUGGAAGGGGGGAGGAGGAAGGUGGUGCGUAA